UACUUUUCUCAGUCCAAACUCAUGCCUCCAAGCUGAUGGACAAGGACGGGACUGCAUGGCCAGCCGCUGUGUGUGAAUGAGUGUGAGUACGGUGACUGCAAUUUAACCCUAAGGUAGCAGAUCUCUGACCAGACUGAGGCUGCCACAGCUUUCACUACAUGUAUCAGCGCUAGGGGGUUUUGAGCUAUGGGUUUAUUGAUUUGGGUAUUUGCUUGUCUUUGGUUUUUACUGUAAAAAAGUUAAUGAUAGCACUCAGACUUGUGGACUCACUUUCAAUUGUGGUGGUUUCUGUAUCUGUAGAAACUCUCUGAAUAGAAUAUUUUUGUCAUUCAUGAUACAGUAGAAGUGUCUGUAAAUACACUUUAUAAACACUUCAAGUGUUUAUAAAUGCUUUUUUUCUUCAAAUGAAUCACUUUACUAUUACUACCAUUAUUCAGAAAGUUACAAGAAUAAAUAUUUGUGAUGGCUCUUGGUGCUAAUAUUGUUGAAAUGUUAGUAUAAUUAUAUUCAAAUACAUUUUUUAAUUAUUCAUCUUUUGUUGUUUCAAUGGUUGUUGGUUCCCAUAUUGAUUUAUUCACUGAGAUAUAAUUAUACUUAUACACAAAUUCCUUGUUAAAUACAUUUCUUUCAAAUGAGUCACUUUACUAUUACUGAUUAUAAGAAUAAAAAGUUAAAAUUGGGAAAUAAAGUUUUUGACUGUUGUUGAUGUUAAUAUUGUUGAUUUAUUCAAUUAAAUUAUUAGUUUAGUUUACCUGAAUUUGAACAGUGCAACCUACUACGUUUUGGAAUUAAUAUUCCAAUUGUCAUAUUAAAAACGUAUAUGUGGUACAUUUCUAAGAUAAAUGAAAAUAGUUUGGAUUAAUUGGAUACAGGAGUUAGAAUGAGGGUGUGAAAGCUGUGGUCAGAUCUUAAGGAUUGUCCAGUGCUGUUACAGUCACACUCAACCUAGUGCUGAAACAGCAAUUCUGUGCCUGACACAGUCAUAGCAAAGCUUCAAACAUGCAGCUGGUUCUGAUUCUGGCUCUGUGGCUGGUGCCCCUGGCCCAGCCCCUGGACCCACCGCCGUUGACCAUCCAGUACCAAGUAUGGGAGGAGCAACCUAGCGGGUCUACGGUGGGCCGGCUUUCGGACGACCUGCGGCAGAGGGGAGAGGCCGGGGCUCUGGACGACUUUCGGACUGUGGAGCAGGGUCAGUCCCUCCCCUUCGAGGUGGGGGUGCAGGAUGGGGCGGUGUUGACGGUGGGCCAGUUGGACCGGGAGGAGCUGUGCAGGAACUCAAACUUGUGCGAGAUCCUCUUCAGCGUCCUCUACAGGAAGGAUGGCGUGGUGCACUUUUUGCGGGUUCGGGUGGAGGUGCUGGACCUUAAUGACCACAGCCCCGUGUUUCCGAACGAGGAGCAGGAGGUGGAGAUCUCAGAGAUGGCCACUUUGCGCAUGCGCAUCCCGCUGGAUCGGGCUGUGGACCCUGACGCCGGGCCCAACGGCCUGCAGACCUACUCCCUAUCCUCCAACCAACACUUUGCCUUGGACGUGAAGAACCCCUCGGCCGGCCCCAAGCAGGCGGAGCUGGUGGUCAUCAAAGAACUGGACAGGGAGGUACAGUCUUCUUAUGAGCUUACGCUGGUGGCUUGGGACAAGGGAAACCCCCCCAGAUCGGGAAGCACGCUGGUCAAAAUCAAUGUUCUGGACUCCAAUGACAAUAGCCCCGUGUUUGAGGAGAGCACGCCCACAAUUGAGCUGAGUGAAGACACUGCCCGGGGAACAACUGUCAUCAAUCUGAAGGCUACAGAUCCUGACCAGGGGGCCAAUGGGGAGAUAGAAUACUCAUUCAGUAAACAUGCCCCUUUGGAUGUACAAAGACUCUUCAACAUUGACCCAAAGACAGGAGAAGUGACACUGAUAGGGGCGCUGGACUUUGAGGCGAAGCCCUCCUAUGAAAUCGACAUCCAGGCUCGGGAUCUGGGUCCCAAUGCCAUCCCCUCCCACUGCAAGCUGCAUGUCAAAGUGAAGGAUAUAAACGACAAUGCCCCGAGGAUACACAUCACCUGGACGCCGCCUGACUCCCCUGUGGCGACCGUGUCGGAGGACGCGGCAGAGGAGACAUUCCUGGCAUUGGUCAUGGUUUCAGACGCAGACUCAGGGGAGAACGGCGAGGUUCACAUCCACAUACGGCACGGCACACGCAAUUUUCGACUCAAGAGGAUCCACGGCGACAACUACAUGAUUGUCACUAACGGAACCCUAGACAGGGAAAAGAAGAUGGAAUACAACCUUACCCUGGUGGCCAGAGACCAUGGCAAGCCUCCCCUCUCCAGCAUCAGACACCUGCCUGUCCAUGUUCUGGAUGAGAAUGACAAUGCUCCUGUUUUCUCACAGACUCACUAUGAAGCUUAUGUGUUGGAAAAUAACCCACCUGGCCUCUCCGUCCUGGAGGUCCAGGCCCAAGACAUUGACCUGGAGCUUGGAGGAGAGGUCUCCUACUCCAUCAGGGAGUCCAAUGAUCUCAGGACUCCAACAGCCUCCUUCUCCGUUGACCCUUCAAGCGGAGCUGUCUUUAUUGAGCAGGCCCUAGACUAUGAAGUAUCUCACACCUUCUCUUUCAUCGUGGAGGCCACGGAUCAGGGCCAACCGCCCCUCACCAGCAGUGCCACGGUGAUCAUUAAUGUUGAGGAUGUCAAUGACAAUUACCCCGUCAUUGAGGAUCCACUACCAAAGAAGGGCAAGGCCUCUUUGAGUGUGCCCGUGAACGCUGAGAAGGGCGAGAUAGUGGCAGAGCUUGGAGAUAAGCCAAAGGACACAAGUAACAGCCUCUUUGAACUGUCUUCAGAGAUGAGCAAUCACUCUGUCCACAUCAGGCCGGAGGGUUACCUGGCCGGAACAAUCAAAGCCAGUGAUGCAGAUUCAGGAUUGAAUGGGAGACUCCGUUUCCAAAUAGUGAACGGAAACUCCGCUGGGUUGUUCUGGAUGGAUGACACCACAGGACAGCUCUAUGUAAACACCAGCAAUGCAACUGAGCUGAUCGACAAGAAGUUUGAGUUUGACGUCAGCGUGUCAGACAUGGGGACGCCUACGCUGGUCACCACGGUGACCCUGGAAGUGGCCUUCAUUAACCUCCUGGACCACCUGAAGAACUCGUCUCCAGGCCAGCGGGGACAGCUCAGCUUCACCAUGAUGCUCGCGAUCUGCCUCGGAGCCACCUGUGUGCUGCUCCUCCUGGCCGUAGCCCUGGUGACCACCUUCUGUCGCCCGGAGAAACGGGACAACCACGCUUACAACUGCAGGCAGGCAGAGUCCACCUACACCCGCCAUCCACGCCGCCCUCAGAAGCAGAUCCAGAAGGCCGACAUCCAGCUGGUGCCUGUCCUGCGGGGGCGGAGGGAGGGCCCACUGGAGGCGGAGGCCCAGCCCCUUACCUGCGCGACCCCAGAACUGCAGGAGCCUUUCCCACCGGGACCUUUCCACCUCUCCCCAUCCCUCAGCCGGACAAUCCGGAACCAGAACUUCCCUGAGGAGAACUCGACCCUCCCCCUGAGCCAAGGCAGGACUCUGCGCAAACCGGGCAGCGUGGAGCUGAGCGGAACUCUCCCGCGCACCCCCGCCACGCCGUUCCGGACCCUGCGGAGAGCGAAGGACUCGGAGUCGUCGUCCUCGCUGUCCCAGACGGGCACGCUGAGGCGCCACGGGGGCUCUGAGGCGCAGCUCCAGCCCGAGGACCAUGCCGCGCAUGCCGCCCCCGGGUCUCCGCAGUCCUGCACGCUGAGGAGGCAGAGGAACGCGGGCGGCCAGGGGGGAGAAGACCACAGGCAGAUCCUGAGGAACCUGGUGCGCCUGUCCAUGGCUGCCUUUGGAGAGAACAACUCCAUCCAGCUGUCGGCUGCCUCCCCAGAGGUGCAGCAGGUCUCCCAGCUGCUGUCCCUCCUCCACCAGGGGCAGCUCCAGCCAAGACCCAACUUCCGGGGGAACAAGUACUCUCACAGAGGUGGCAGGUCUGGGACGCAGGAUGCUGACUGGCUGAGCACCAAGGACAGCGGACACGGCGAGAGCGAGGCGGGCGACGCGGACUGGGACGUGGGCCGAGAGUCCCCCGUCGACCCCAUGCUGGAGGACGGCCUCCACGGUCAGAUCACAGACGACGUGUUUUCGGACUUCCCGGACCCGGAGUGGAUGGCGCGGCUGUCCCUCCCCCUCGCCGCCGACUACCACGAGAACGUCUUCGUGCCCGAGGGCCCGGCGUCCCCCGACAGCCGGGGCCCCCCAGCGGAGGGCCCCGGGGACUCCGCCAGCUUCUCCACGUUCGGGAAGGCCCCGGAGAAGGGCGGCCCGCUGCCGGGGUCCCUGCUCUCCGAGGUCAGCACCCUGUUCGAGAUGCUGCUCACCCAGAAGGCCGACGCCCAGCCCCGCACCUCCGCCGAGGUGCUCUACCGCCUCUCGGCCGCCUACCGGCGCUCCAUGGGCCUGGACGGGCCCUCGGGAGGGGGCGAGAAAAGAUCGCCCACGAUGCACUGCUCCGGCCCGGACUCCCAGAACCAGCAUCUGAACUGAGGGGAAAGGGGAGUCGAGAACUUUCCGGAAGCUUUCAUUAGGCUCCAUGGCAGUCACAUGCUUUAUUUUGUGACUCUUUGGUGGCUGAUUGCCAAUGAACAAAUAGACCCCCCCCCCCAGGGUAGAUUCCCACUCUCCCCUCCCCUAAAAACACCCACUUCAGGAGCGACCUAACACUGUUUGGAUCUGACCUGCCCUGUCUGGAACAGGUUAGGGCAAAAGGAAUGAAUAUAAUAAGCUCAUGUGUAGGAAUUUUAGCAGCUGGUUACCUCCUAAUUGACCAAAGACUUGAGGUUGAGCCAAAAGUGUUGAGAAAAGAACUUCAUCUCCCAUGAACGCGAUGCCUCAUUCUUUAGGCUCCUCCCUCUUUGAGACAAGAGAUGGACGGUCUGCCAUCCUACAGACGCUGGUAUCGCACGUGUCGCAUAAGUGUUGCUCCUGUGAAAACGUGGCUGUCCAGACUGAAGCGUAAUCUCUGGCUGGGAUCCGGACGCUCAGCUGCCAUUGUGAACACGUAUGACACGUUUCCUCAUGAAUCAAAUGUUUGCGCUGCAGAGGAAGCCACGCUUUUGUUUUCAGAGACAAAGCGACAUCCAUCGCGGAUGCCCCCCCCCCCGCCUGCUCACAAGAACGAGCGUGUGAGAUUUCGGCAACAGUAGGCCACGGUGGUCCUCACAAACUUCCCAAGUGCCGGACUCAACAUGAAUGAAGGGAGUGGCAAAAGUGACGUGCGACAGCAGAUUGUUUUAGGUAUUCUGUUGAUUAAAAAAAAAAAAAAAAAAAAAAAAA